CCCCCACCCCCUGCCCCAUUGAUGUGUUAUUAUUGGGGGGGCUGGAGCAGUAAAAAAAGAAGAAGGAAAAAAAGAGCGGGGCUCGGCUGGGAGAGGUUGAGCGCGGGGUUGACCGGCUUCGGCUGCGAUGGAAGAACUUACGGCGUUCGUCUCUAAGUCUUUUGACCAGAAAGUGAAGGAGAAGAAGGAGGCGAUCACGUACCGAGAGGUGCUGGAGAGCGGGCCGCUGCGCGGGACCAAGGAAACGACGGGCUGCGCCGAGCCGGGCCGCGACGACCGCAGCAGCCCGGCAGUCCGGGCGGCCGGCGGAGGCGGCGGCGGAGGAGGAGGCGGAGGCGGAGGCGGAGGAGGCGGAGGAGGUGCAGGAGGAGGAGGAGCAGGCGGAGGAGCUGGAGGAGGGCGCUCUCCCGUCCGGGAGCUGGACAUGGGCGCCGCUGAGAGAAGCAGGGAGCCUGGCAGCCCGCGGCUCACGGAGGUGUCCCCAGAGCUGAAGGAUCGCAAGGAGGAUGCAAAAGGGAUGGAGGACGAAGGCCAGACCAAAAUCAAGCAAAGGCGAAGUCGGACCAAUUUCACUCUGGAACAACUCAACGAACUGGAGAGGCUUUUCGAUGAGACCCACUACCCAGACGCUUUCAUGCGCGAGGAACUGAGCCAAAGGCUGGGACUGUCCGAAGCCCGAGUGCAGGUUUGGUUUCAAAAUCGAAGAGCAAAAUGUAGAAAACAAGAAAAUCAACUCCAUAAAGGUGUUCUCAUAGGGGCUGCCAGCCAGUUUGAAGCUUGUAGAGUUGCACCCUAUGUCAACGUAGGUGCUUUAAGGAUGCCAUUUCAGCAGGAUAGUCAUUGCAACGUGACGCCCUUGUCCUUUCAGGUUCAGGCGCAGCUGCAGCUGGACAGCGCCGUGGCGCACGCGCACCACCACCUGCACCCGCACCUGGCCGCGCACGCGCCCUAUAUGAUGUUCCCGGCGCCGCCCUUCGGACUGCCGCUGGCCACCCUGGCGGCGGACUCAGCCUCCGCCGCCUCUGUGGUGGCUGCCGCCGCCGCAGCCAAGACCACCAGCAAGAACUCCAGCAUCGCGGAUCUCAGACUGAAAGCCAAAAAGCACGCUGCCGCCCUGGGUCUGUGACGCCAACGCCAGCGCCAAAGUCGCGCCCUAGCGCGGCGCGCACCCUGCAAACCCUCCGUGCCCCGCUGCUUUCCGUUUAACCCCUCCGGACCUCCGGAACCGACCCUUUUUCCGCCCCGCUGAUCGCCCUUUGCCACCUUCCACAUCCAAGACUCGGAGGGUGAGACUCCGCGCCAGACCUUGAAUCCCCCUAGGCGCACCAGCUCUGUGGCUCCUGACCAUAAACUUACCCAAGGGCGUAGAAUUUGGCUUCGUACGGGCAAGUUUUCGGGAAGUCUGGAGAGACUGAACAAGGGAGCGCUGGGACACCGGAGUGUGGCUCAAGGCAAAGCUGCAACGAUGGACUCUUGCGUAGAAAUAAAAAUCCAGUUAAUAAAAAAUGAGCAAAAAAAAAAAAAAAAAAAAAAAAAA